AUGAGUGACAUUGCGAUUAUUGGGUAUCCUUUCAAGCUUCCCCAGGAUGUCAACGAUGACACAAGCUUCUGGGCUGUUCUCCAAAACCGCCGAAACUUGGCGUCUGACUGGCCUGGGGAUCGUGUCAAGGUUGACUCGUGCAUAAACACUAGAAAACCAGCCCUUGGAUCCACUAUCCCAGUCGAUGCUGGUAUUCUUCUUCAGGUCGCUAUUGUUGACGCCAUAUCGAAUCUCUGCGCCUAUGAGGCAUCGCUUGAUGAACAACUGGACCGUGGAGAUGGCCUGUUUCAUUCUCGUCGUCUGGAAGGCAGCUCCCAUUUAUGCUGGACUGGGGAGCAGAGGAUAUACACAACAGAGACAUUCUUCAAUGCCCUGGGGCAGAAUAUCCGUGUUGUUGCCCCGGGAGGUGACUCUCUCAAACGAUCCUUUGAUCUCGCUGGGCGAUUGGCGAAGGUUGAAGCCUACGCGUCUGUCAGUAGUGUUGUUGCCACAGCCUCUAUCGACCAUGUCACAUACGAGCCCGACGAUCAAGUGGGCUCGGUUCUCUACGGCAACGGAGCAUUGGUCAAAAAUACCUAUGGUAUAUCUGAUCACAGACUACUGAAAAGUCGCAACACUAGCACUGAGGAGGGUCGUGUGCUGCAGGACAUCUCAUCCUGGUACGACUGCAUGGGCCGACUAGUUCGAAGGGAAGAUAAGGCACAACAGACUCUCUUCUUUGACAAUUGUCGUAUCAGUCUUACUGAAGACUUUACCUACGACUCUCUCGGCCAGUUGGUUGAGUCCGGGGGUUGUGAGUUGACAAAUCUCCUGACGGUCCUGGGAGAACCAGUCCACCAGAUCCUCACCUACGUCGCUCUACCAAUCUUUCAGGAGACGGGAAACAAAUGGCACCGUUUGUAG